CUUAGUUAGUUCAUUUAAGGAGAGGGAAAAAAAGUUAUUUCCUUCCUUCUUUCUCAGCUGGGUAACUUCCGUCCUUCCCCCUCUGCGGGAGCCUCAGCAGCAGCCUCCGCCUGCAUGGCCAGAGUUCAUGUUCAGCCCCAGACUGAAGCUCGGGUUGGUAGAAAUGGCUGAUGGCAAAGAGGACCCCGCCACGUUCACCUCCGCUUCUCUGCCCUCCGACCCGCGGCUGCUGGCUACGGUGACUAACGCUUACCUGGGCACCCGCGUGUACCGGGACAUCCUCCACGUCAACGGCGUGUACAACGGGGCGGCGGGAGACACGCACCGUGCCGACAUCCCCAGCCCUGUCAACGUUAGGAUGGCAGUGCCCGGUGCGGGCAGCCCGGCUGAGACCUUCACCUUGGCCACCCGGACGGGGACCUUCAGCCACGUGCUUCAGUCAACGGAGUAUACAGCCACCCACCAGAUCUACGCUCACCGUUCCCUCGUCCACUUGAUGGCCUUCAGCAUCACCAUCCGACGAUCGGCUCACGCCACCCAACCCAUCACGGUCCAGCUCCAGACUCCGUUCGUGCCAAAGAGCCAGGACUUGGACCUGAACCAAGGCCCAGACUUCCAGGGAGCACACUACAUCUACGGGAAGACGCUGGUUCCCGAGGUAGAGGGGGGACCCCGUCCCACCGUUCACAUGCUCUGGACUCCCGUGCCGCCAGCCUUGACGUUGCGUGGGGAGGAGCGGGAGCGAUCCUGGGAGUUCCUGACGGCCGUGGCCGAAAGCGAGGAGGAGGCGAAGAGGAGCUACAGCGAAGGGCUGGCCCUCGUCGCUGCCGGCUCCCUGCACGCCUCCCACGCCCUCGCGUGGGCUGCGCUGUGGCGAGGCUGCUGCGUAGACCUGGAUGGACCUCUGCCUUUGAGGCAGGCCCUCUACGGGUGUCUCUACUACCUGCUGAGCGCCAUCCCGCCCCAGGGGAACGCGGGCUUCCUCUUCCACGGCAUCAGCCCUGGCGGCUUGUCCAACGGCACUCGGGGCGAGGACUACUGGGGGCACGUCUUCUGGGACCAGGACACCUGGAUGUUCCCGAACAUUCUGCUGUUUUAUCCUGAAGCUGCCCGAGCCAUCCUGGAGUACCGCAUUCGCAUGCUGGAAGGAGCCUUGCGCAACGCGCAGGAGCAAGGCUACAAGGGUGCUAAAUUCCCGUGGGAGAGUGCAGCCACCGGCCGGGAGGUCUGCCCUGAGGAGGUCUAUGGAGCCCAAGAAAUCCAUGUCACGGGAGAUGUUUUGAUGGCCUUUGAGCAGUAUUAUUGCACCACGCAGGACCAGAAGCUGUUCAGGGAGGAUGGAGGCUGGAAGCUGGUGAGUGCCGUGGCUCAGUACUGGUGUAGCAGGAUGGUGUGGAGCGAGGAGGAGCGAUGCUACCACAUCAGAGGUGUCAUGCCCCCGGACGAGUAUCAUUACCGGGUUGAUAACUCUGCGUACACCAACGCCGUGGCCCAGCGGAGCUUAAAUUUUGCAGCUGAUGUUGCUCGGGACUUCUUGAUCCCUGUGCCGGAGGAGUGGGUGGACUGUGCCCAGAAAGUCAAAGUGCCCUUCGAUGCAGAGAAGAAAUAUCAUCCCGAGUACGACGGUUACAGCCCAGGUGAGCCUGUGAAACAAGCUGACGUUGUCUUGCUUGGAUUCCCACUGAUGCUCCCCAUGAGCUCUGAAGUCCGGAGGAAUGACCUGGAGAUGUAUGAACCUGUCACUGAGCUGAAUGGGCCAGCCAUGACCUGGAGCAUGUUUGCAGUGGGCUGGCUGGAGCUAAAGGAGGUGCAGCGAGCCCAGAGCCAACUGGACAAGUGUUUCAGCAACAUCACGGAGCCCUUCAAGAUUUGGGCGGAGAACUCAGAUGGGUCAGGAGCUGUGAACUUCUUGACAGGGAUGGGUGGAUUCUUGCAAGCUGUCCUCUUUGGCUACACAGGGUUCAGGAUCACAAAGACCAGCCUCCGCUUCAACCCUGCCUUUCCUGAUGACAUCAACAACUUGAAAAUCACUGGUGUCUCCUACUUCGGCAACAAACUGAAGUUCUCCAUCACCAAAGAAGAGGUCAGGAUCCAAGUGACAGAGUCUCCCCGGGACCCUCCGGCGUCUCCCCUGGAAGCUGUCCUGGAGGAGUCGGGGCAGCGGUUUCCCCUGCGUGAAGGGCAGAGCGUCUCUUUCCCCACGGCAGCCGGCUGGAUUCAGAGGUCGUUCACCGAGGGAUUUUAAACCUUGGCUGAUCUGGGUUUUACUCAUUGAAGCAGCAGAAACAAAUUGAAGAGCAGAUGCUGGCAGAGGGGGAAGCCCAGCCCAUACGUGUGCUGACUCCCGGCUCCUCCAGCACGUCCUGGCUCGGUCCUCGCCUUCUCCCCGAUGCCUGCGCCACUCGGGGCCCAAAGGAGACUUGGCCACUGCUGCUUCGCCAGGUCACUCCCGCCUGCCAGGCAGCAAAGAGGAGCAUCCCUCGGCUGCAGUGCACAGCUGCCUCUGGGGUUUCAGUACAGUGAGUGGCCGGGACCCCCCCAAAUCCUGCGCAUCCCCUAAUGACAAACUCUGCCAAGGCAGCGUGGGGCAGCAGGCAGUGCUGUGGAAUGGGCACUAUUUUGGCACUAAUAUUAGUGACAAAAUACACAGCCAAAAGCAUUUUAGCCCCAUUUGAGCAGCGCACAGCUCCUUUUCUUUUGAGUUAUUCACCAUAUAACAUCCCUAUCAUGUUUUUAACCCCUUAUCUACAUUACCAUCUCUCUUUUCAAGCAGUUUUGGAGUUAAAGCCCCUCUGACGUGAUGUUUGAAGGGCUAUAGAAGCCCAGGCAUCAGUUAUUGUUAAUAUUCUGUCAGGUUAUAAGUGCAGUGUUUUUCUGGGGUCUGAUCAGAGCCCUCCUCCAGCUAAGUAGCCUCAGAGUUAGCAAAGACCUGCAGUGUACUUGCAUAAAGCACUUUCGGUGUCCUAGAAAGCCCUGAGGGAGAAAAGGGGAAGGGCUGUGCCCAUGUACAUGUGCAAAGUGGGGGGCGUGAUACCCCCCAACACCCAGCUCUGCACCUCGCGGCAGCAUCCCCUCCUGCAUCCCCCUUCCUGGGGUGGUUUCGGUGCCUCGUUUCCCAGCCCCGCACCUUUGCUAGACCAGACGUGGGUCAAAGCGAGGGGAUGUCGAAGGCGCUCCCUGCCCUGCCAUGGUCUGCCCUCUCCAAACAAACCCCAGGAAUCUCGGCUGAAUCCCACGGAGUUUAUAAAAAGCCCUGCGGCUGGUCCCUGCCACAGGCAGCAUGUGGGAACGCUUAGGGAAGGAGGCGAAGCCACUCCUCUGCCUUAUAAUUACGCUGGCUCUCUGUCAGGCCUUGUCAAAAGUCACCCAACCCCUAAUUAACAGCAGUUCUUUGCAGCAGGGCAGGACAAACGGACACUGGCAUCCCCCAGAACAGCCCCGUGGGCUGCCCCUGGAUUUGGAUUUUGAUGGGGCCGGGGAUAAAGCCUAGCUCUGAGCCAGGUCCCAGGUGGCACUAAAAGGGGUGUCAUUGUCACCGUUAUCAUGUCAUCCACCCCCAAAAGAGAAAAAAAGGGAUCUUUUUAGUCCAGUUGCCGAAAUGAGCCGGCUCUGGCCCGGGGAGGGCAACAGGGAGAGCACAGAGCAGUGGGGCUGCGUCCUGCGCUCAUCCCCUCUGUCCUUGCCCAGGGACCUGCUGGGGGAUGUCUGCCUUACUGCAACGAGUUUGCAGGUCUCAGCCCCCCUUGGAGGUCACAGCACCUCAUCUGCUUGAGGAUGUCCCCAUGGGGCCAAGAAGCUUCUCUGCUUCUUUCCCCUCCUCAGCCGCAGGAGGGGCCCCAAGAGCCUGCGGCUGUUUCAGGCUGGGUGGCUCUAAGGGUCACAGAGAUUAUUACUUCUGGCUGCGAAGAACAUGACCAGAGUGAAAAAGCUGUAUUUAUAUUGUCCCUUUAGCAACCCCCGCACUACACACACGCACGCGGAAGACUUGCAACGACUGAAACGGUUUAAUGAUUUAAAUAGUGAUCACCGAGGCUGGAGGGAUGCUGUGCUCCACACAGGAUAAAGGGAGUUAAAAAAAACCCGAGAGUAAAUAAAAAUAAUUGAGCU